ACAACAUGUAUAUGCAUGCAUACAGGAGGGGCUCAUAUUACUGGCAUUUGCCAAUUGCUACCCAUCAUCUCAUCAAUAAUUGAACAAUCUCGCCAUCCAUUAACUACUAGUACAAUAGUCAGCUCCCGAGAACAGAAAGAAGAGCUGAACUACCAUUCUUACGGCUCCUACUGUUCCGUUCUCCUCCCACUCCGCAGUCCCUUCUUUUAUUUCGUGUUUGCGUAGAAACUCAUUUGAGCUCCAUCGCGCCAGCAGGCAUCUAGUAGUAUCACUUCACCACCAUGCCCCCCGCCUCCGAGGUCAUCUGUCUCUUCUCACUUUUCUUCUCCCUCCAACUCCCUCUCACUCUCUCUUCCUCCGCCUCUCGCCGGAUCCUCCAUCAGCCAUUCUUCCCCAAGCAUUCUGUCCCUCCUGACUCUUCGCCGCAAUCCCAACCCAGCACGAUUCCCUUUUCGUCUUCUUCAUCAUCCUCUCCAACUCCGAGUCCAACACACAGGACUUUUUUCCCUUCUUACCAUUCCCCACCAACCCCUGCUUCUCCCUCUGCUCUCUCCACAUUUCCUGCCAACAUCUCCUCCCUGCUCUUCCCCCAACCCUCUUCCUCCCACCGCCACCCUGCCCUUGCCAUUGCUGUCUCCCUGCUCUCCGCAGCUCUUGUCGCCCUUCUUGUCUUCUUCAUUUACUACCGUAAACGCACCACUCCUGACAAGGUUUCACGAUCUAACAGUCUACGAUUAUGCCCUCCAAACACUCUUACUUCCGAUGGUAUUGGUAGUCAUAAGCCUCGCUCAAAUCCU